AUGUCGCUCAAUCCAUUAUCUGUGAUCUUGAAAGAAAACAAUCUCGAGGGGAAAAAUUAUGUAGACUGGAAACGUAAUUUGGAUAUUUUUCUCAUCGCUGGUGAUUAUAAGUUUGUGCUUGAAACCGAUUGUCCCGCAAUACCCGCUGAUAAUGCUUCAGAGGAAGAGAGGGUCAUGUAUAGAAAGUGGAUAAAAGGAAAUGAGAUGGCGAAGUGCUACAUUUUGGCUUCUAUGUCAAAUGUACUUCAACAUCAGCAUCAUUCCUAUGAAUUCGUUCAUGAAAUCAUGGAGAACCUUCAAUCCCUCUUUGGGACUCAGAGUCGAUCUGCUAGAUCUCUAGCGAUCAGAAGUCUCAUGAAUAAGACUAUGAAGAAGGGCACACCAGUUAGGGACCAUGUCCUUGAAAUGACGCGCCACCUCAAUCAAAUUGAGGUCUUGGGAGGAUCAAUAGAUCCAGAUUCUCAGGUGGACAUAAUACUCCAGAAUCUUCCAGCAAGCUUUCAGUAG